AGCUAAGUGAGUUAUAAUGAUAGUUGGCUCGCUUGAACAACUUAACAAAAGUUGCUCGAAACUUUUUUAACACCACAACAGCCGCAAUAGCCGACUGAAGCUCACAAGACUAUCAUUUACUCUCAUUAGAGCGUGAUUGACAAUAAUUCCAGUUUAAGGAAACAAAUACAAAAAGACUGUUUGCUUUGACGCCGUGAAUGAUCUGAAUUACACAAAGAAGCCGGCCAGGACGUCACAAUGUUUAAACAAGUUCGCUCCCGUUUGAGUCUUUCGCACAAAGAGCCGCUGGAAAUCGUGUUUGACCCUCCUAGCCAAUUCACGGAUUUGAAUGGGGCUGCAAUGGACUACCAGCACAAUCUUCCAAGACCACAGGAGCAACCGGUGUUUUCGACACGGGCCCAUGUCUUCCAGAUUGAUCCUGCAACGAAAAAAAGCUGGCUACCCUGCUCCAAACAGGCGGUAACUGUAUCAUUUUAUUAUGAUCCUAACCAAGGAACACACCGCAUCAUAUCUGUCGAUGGCACAAAGGUAAUUAUCAACAGUACUGUAUUACCAAACAUGACAUUCACCAAGACAUCACAGAAGUUUGGCCAGUGGUCAGAUCCCAGGGCAAACACUGUAUUUGGUUUAGGAUUUCCAUCAGAAGCUGAACUCAACAAGUUUGCAGAGAAGUUCAAAGAAGCUAAGGGUGGCUCAAAAGCAGCUGUGGGCAACAACAAUGGUAACUCCAAUUCAUCUCCAGCACCUGUCAAUGCAGUUACUACUAAUGGCACAUCAAGUGGGUCCGUAAAUGGAACAGCAGAGUCCCCUCACAGCACACCUGGUGUUGGUCACAAAUCACCAUCAGUAAAAAGUAACUCAUCUGCCAGCAGUGGUGAGGAUGAAUCAAAAGAAUCAGCUGGGAUCAGUCAUAAACCGAUUGGAAACACCGAAUCUCAUUUGAAGUAUGAGAAUGAUCGAUUGAAGAUGGCUCUAGCUCAAAGUUCAGCCAAUGCUAAAAAAUGGGAGGCAGAGCUGACAACAUUGAAGAAUAAUAAUGCAAGGUUAACAGCAGCCCUACAGGAAAGCACAGCUAACGUUGAAGAGUGGAAGAAGCAGCUUAAUGCCUACAAGGAGGAAAAUGGUAAACUCAGGAAAAAGGUCCAUGAAUUAGAAUCUUCAGACCAACUAAGUGAGAAAUAUAAUUCCCUGACGCAAGAGAAACUCACCCUGGAUGGCCGUGUAAUUCAGCUUGAGAGCAUGAUCAGACAGAAGGAUGAGGACAUCACCUCUUUGAGACAAGCAAAGGCAGAACUCACAAACCAGAACCAGACAUUACAACUUGAUAAUGAAAGACUGCAGUUAAAAACAGAAGAGAUGAGCUUGCACAUGAAUGAGACAGCUUUAAAUGAAACACGUGUGAAAGAGUUGACUGAAUUGCAACAAGAGCUUGCUAACAAAGUUGAGGAGAUGAGUGCACUCAGUACACGACUAGCAACAAGCUUGGAGAUGGCGCCCCCUUUAACAGAAAGUUGAAUCUUUGUAAAGUGAAUUUCCAGCCUUUUACAACUUUAGCUAUCAGCUGCAGAACAACAAAUUAAUUUAUUUAUAAUAAUCAAAUGAUUAGUAGGUAAUAAGCUGUUUAAAUUGCUAAAGUGUGGUGUAUAAUGUGUUUAGUUAACCUAAGAUAAUUAGGCAUGUGUGGUCUUAAAAUUUGGUGGGCAUUAUGUAAACAAUGCGACUUAUAUGCAAAUUCCAUACUAUGCAGCCUGGGAAUUUUGUGUUGUGAAAUUCUCAUAGUUUAAGUCUUCUGCUGAAUGUUUGAUUCCUGUUACAAGAGGGCCAAUAUUAUAUCAUUUAUCAAGCCCUUUCAUAUUGUAGCAAAAUUCACCUUGUUGUGGGGUAUAUUCUGUGAGGUUUCAGUAAUUUAGAAAAUUUUGAAGCCAUCAUUUGAAGCAUUUAGAUUUAUUACACUUUAUACUCAACACAAUGAUUGUAAAGAAGCUUCAAAAUGGCAGUAGAUUAUUUACUUUUUUGUUAUCAAUUUCUUUUUGUUUUUUAUUGCAAGAGGGAAAAGUUUAAGUGAAUUGAAUUCUAAUGUACAAAAAUGUGUACAUUAAUACUGUAAGUAACAAUAAUAUAUUGCCUAAUGGUGACAUUUAAACGAGUGUGUGAUUUCACUAGGGUCAAAACUUAAUUAAAAUGAUAACAAGAGAGAAGUUGUAAAAAUGGUGAAUAUGAAUACUUCAAAUAAAAUCGAGUAGCUGCUGAUA